CAAUAUUAAAAAGCAUGACAAAUACUAAAGUGCAAGAGAAAAUUAGGUUCUUUUCAGCACGAUCUGUUAAUAACUUAUCAGACAUUGGGAGUUCUUUGAAAUUGUUUUAGCUAACUAAGUUAUUGUACUUAUUAAUCGGUGAAAAAAUGAGUUGUGUAACGAGAGUGUUCUGUUGCAAAUGCCGUUACGUAAUCGCUACAAUGGGAUUUAUCAACCUAAUUCUGAUUUACAUGAUGAGAGUUGACCUAAAUGUCACAAUGCUUGCCAUGGUUAAUGAUACAGUUGACAAAACGUCCACAAAUCAUAAGUCAUUUUUUUGUUCUGACUUUUAUAAUUACACGAGUCUUACGAACACUGAGGUAUACUUCAUUAAAUCGGAUAAUACUUCUAUGCAGAUUAAUGCAGGAGAGUUUAAUUGGAAUAGGUUGACACAAGGCCUGAUAUUAGGAGCAUUCUUCUGGGGUUACAUUUUAACUCAAAUCCCAGGUGGAAUAUUAGCGUUUCGUUUUGGUCCUAAAUGGAUUAUUUUUUCUAGUUUAUUUGGAUGUGCUAUCACAGAAUUUUGUAUACCAACUGCAGCACGUAUUCGUGUUGAAUUAUUAAUUACUUUACGUGUUAUACAAGGUCUUCUUCAGGGUGUAGUGAUGCCGAAUACAGGGUGUUUAGUUGGAAAUUGGUCACCACCAAGUGAAAAAAGUCGAUUUACCACAUUCGUUUUCUCAGGUUUAGUAAUUGGUGCUGUUAUUGGUCAAUCAUUGGCUGGUGUAAUUUCACAACCAAGAUUAGUUCAUUCGACUGAUUUAACAACUCCAACGUAUAUUUCCUAUUGGCCUUAUGUUCAUUAUAUUUAUGGUAUAAUCGCUGUAGUCUUCUCUGGAAUCUGGACUGUUUUAGUAUUUAAUAGUCCUAAUCAACAUCCAUGGAUUAGUUCAAGUGAGAAACAAUAUAUUUUAUCAACAUCAGUACAUAAUAAUUCUGAAAAUGAUAACAAGUCAGGAAGAAUGACAAGUGAUAUGGUGAAUCCACCUGAUUCAAGAAGUCUAGAUAACAUUUCAGUUGAAACGAAAGUUUUAUAUAAAAAUCCAGUUCCAUGGGGUCAAAUAUUUAAAUCAUCUCCUGUUUGGUCAAUUCUAAUUUGUCAUGUUUGUUUCAAUUGGUCUUUUUAUUCGUUAAUUACGUCUAUGCCUACUUAUAUGUGUCGGGUCUUAGGAUUCAGUAUGACUGAAAAUGGUCUCCUAUCAUCUAUUCCGUAUAUUGCACAAUCUAUUGUCAGUUUAAUUGCCGCCUAUCUGUCAGAUUUUUUGAUCGCUAAACAUUUUUUAUCUACCACUUCGGUGCGCAAAUUAAAUAAUGUCAUAGCAUUGGGUGGCCUUGGUUUAGGUUUAAUAUCUGUCAGUCUAGUUGGAUGUAAUCGGAUGGCUGCUAUUGUUUUAUUCUCUGUUACAAUUGGUUUAAUGGGAUUUUCUUUGGCUGGUUAUGGAUCAAAUGCUUUGGAUUUAGCCCCAAUUUACAAUGGUAAUAUAAUUUCAGUAACCAAUACUGCUGCUACUCUGCCAGGUAUUUUUGGACCACUAGUAAUCGGUUAUGUAACAAGAAAUAGUUCAAGCAUUCACAAUUGGAUGAUUGUUUUCGGUAUAGCCGCUGGAAUAGCAUGGUUUGGUGCACUAAUGAAUUUAUGGUUAACAAGUGGUGAAAUUCAACCAUGGGGUCGAUUAAUUUAUAUAAAAAAUACUAAUAAUAAUCCAUUGAAUAGACAAUCUUCAAUAACUACUGGUAAUACUUCACCAAAAUUUCAAAAUAUUGUUACCAAUGAAACUGAGAAUCAUUAAUCUUAGCGAAUUCAGUGGUAAAUACUAUUCAUUAAACAUUCUCAACUACAUGAUUUCUGUAUUCAAUUUUAAUUGUAUUUUGAAUUAUUAAUGUAAAACAUGAGAGAAUGAUUUGUUUUCUUGAAGAAAGAAGACCUAUGGUCAAAAUGAGUCUUCCAGUUUCCUUUUUUUUUCUAUUAUACUUUUAUACUUAUAUCCCUUGACAUAUUUGUAUGUACAUAAAUCUUAUAAAUGUAAUAGAAUUUCAUUACAAAAAGAUGUUAGUUACUUACAAAAUGUCAUCAUUCACUUUGAAACUCUUAAAAUAAUGAAGAAUUCUCAUUUUAUAAAACGAUAACAAAUUGUUAUAUUGUGUGAACUCAUAAUAUAUAUGAAUGUGCAAUUAGAGAGGAGUUAAUCUUAUUGAUCGAACACAAAUGAUACUUAAAAUCGUACGAGCAGUCUUGAU